AUGAGCGAUCCCACGCCCGCAUUGAGGUACAUCCAAACACACCUCACCUUCUCCGCAAUACUCUUCCUCCUCUACAUCCAACAACACCUCUUCCAGAAUAUCAUACAGGCUAACUCGAAUCUUGCUGCGCCUAGUAACGCACCCGUCGCCUUCGGCAAAGGGAACCGCAAGGGCCGCCAAAACUCACAAGACUCUUCGUCGAGCGCCGAUCCCAUCGAUAGGCUUGUAGACCCUCAAACACUGGCAAGCGGAGAGGGUGAACUCAUCGGACCGUCUGCUGCCCGGAUCCUGGACCGCAAGAAGAGGGAAGAAGAUGAAGAAAAGGACAAGGACAGUUUGAAUAUCAAGAUUCACCUUGACUUGCAUGCUAAGGUUCGGCUGGAUUUGGAGGCGGAUGUUUAUGGUGAUGUGGUUAUUGGACUUCUGUGA